CGCGGAGCCCAGCCGGGGCUCGGCCCCUUCCAGCGGCGUGGUGGUGCAGGUCCGGGAGAAGAAGGGCCCCCUGCGCGCCGCCAUCCCCUACAUGCCCUUCCCCGUGGCCGUCAUCUGCCUCUUCCUCAACACCUUCGUGCCGGGGCUGGGCACGUUCGUGUCGGCGUUCACCGUGCUCUGCGGGGCGCGCACCGACCUCCCCGACCGCCACAUGUGCUGCGUCUUCUGGCUCAACAUCGCCGCCGCCCUCAUCCAGAUCCUCACGGCCAUCGUCAUGGUGGGCUGGAUCAUGAGCAUAUUCUGGGGCAUGGACAUGGUCAUCCUGGCAAUCUCACAAGCGGAGCGCAGAUGCAGAGCAGCCGGCGCAGACUUGCACUGAUGGCCCUGAGCAGUGGAGAUGAGGCAAGCACGGCUUGGCUUAGGACUGGUCCCAGCCAGCACCUGGUGGGCGGCCAACGAAGAGGAAGAUGAGGGUGCCGGACAAGGAAACACCCUUGGCAAAGGUGGCACCUGGGCAGGCAGCUGAACCAAGGGAGGGGGAGAUGCUGCUUUCGCUCUGCUCCCAGGGGAGGUUGCUGAAGAUGUUUUGCCUCCUUUUCAUGCUCGCUGUUAAAGGAUGCUGGCUGUGAACAUCAAAUGCCAAGGAGCUAUUCAUAGAUAUAUGUACAGGAUGUAAAAGCAAACCACUGCUACUUUCUUCCCGCCCUGAGAUUCCAUCCGUGACUGCUUUGCAGUAGUGGAGGGUCCAACCCAGCCCCCUCUGCUGUCUGUGUAUAUAUGAUGUUCACUGAAGCUCUGUCCCCAGAGAUGUCCUGAGAAACGUGCUUGCUGUAAAUCGUAUUGUACUGCUGAAAUGACUGGGGCCAUCCCCUGCUUCCAUCUGCUGCCACCAUGCAAAGACCAGAGCUCCCACCAGCCCAGGGGACACUUUUCCUAGCACAGGACUGGUGUCCUGCAGCACCUCACCUCUAGGGCAGCAAAAAAAAAA